CCUAUCGGCUGGACAAGUUUGGCAGAAGAGUUCGCGGCAGUUUUCGUGAUCGCUGUGUCUUUUGGGUUGGUUGGAUUUGCCUUGGGGACUGUUGCUUGCUUCCUGUCUACUUUUUUAAAAAAAUAACACGCUCCCAGCGCGUUUGGCUGAAUGUAUAGUAUGAUGGAAACCGAGCUAAAGCCGGCUGUUCCCCAGUCCAACACGGGGACAGUCGGCGGCUCGGCUCCCGGGGCCACGGGCAAGAGCGGCAGCAACAACCCGGACCGGGUAAAAAGACCAAUGAACGCCUUCAUGGUCUGGUCCCGGGGUCAGCGGCGGAAAAUGGCCCAAGAGAACCCCAAAAUGCACAACUCAGAGAUCAGCAAGCGGCUGGGCGCGGACUGGAAACUUCUAUCAGACUCGGAGAAGAGGCCGUUCAUCGACGAGGCAAAGCGUCUGAGAGCCCUGCAUAUGAAGGAACACCCGGAUUACAAAUACCGGCCCAGGCGCAAAACUAAAACUCUGAUGAAAAAAGACAAGUAUUCGCUGCCCAGCGGUAUUCUCAACCCGGGCUCGGUCCCGGUCAACAGCGGCGUGGGGGUGAGCCAGAGAAUGGAGAGCUAUGCCCAUAUGAAUGGAUGGGCCAACGGGACCUACCCGCUCAUGCAAGACCAGCUGGCUUACUCGCAGCACCCGGGCAUCAACAGCCCGCAGAUUCAGCAGAUGCACCGGUACGAGAUGGCCAGUCUCCAGUAUAGUCCCAUGAUGUCCAGCGCACAGAGUUAUAUGAACGCGCCGACCACCUACAGCAUGUCCCCCGUGUAUGGGCAGCAAAGUACACCGGGAAUGGCUCUAAGUUCCAUGAGUUCUAUGGUGAAGACGGAGCCUACCACGCCUCCGCCGCUAACGUCCCACUCCCGCGGCGCUUGCCUGGGAGACCUACGGGAUAUGAUUAGCAUGUAUCUCCCUCCCGGAGGAGACGGAGACCCCUCUUCUCAGAACAGCAGACUACACAGUGUCCACCAGCAUUAUCAGAGCACAGGAGUAAGUGGCACUGUCCCCCUAACCCACAUCUAAGGACCAGAAUCUUUAAUCUCAAUGUCGACAAACUUUUAGCCAUCGAGCAAAAAAGAGCAAAACGAUUUGGCCCCGCUUACCCGUCGGACUGAAUUUGUUGUGUGUGAGCGAGUGAUUUCUGGAGAUUAUCUUCGCGACGUAUAACUUCGUUUAAAAAAAUGCUGAAAUGUUCCCUUUUCACGCCAUUCGGGACAAUCAUCCUUCCUUUCUGCACGAACGAGACUCCCUUUUAGAUGCCAAGGUUUACGUGAAAAGGAGGCCUUUCCGAGACUUUAAAUGGCCUCAGAUCUGAACUGAGACUUAACAGAGGAAACAAUUUUUUUGAACGCUCUAAUUUGUGUACUUGUAAAUAACUGUUCAAUAAUGUGACACCUGGCUCGAUUCGAAAAUAUACCUUGUAGGGUUUGUGUUUUAACCUCUUCUCUCUCUCCUUUUGUUUUUAGCUUUUUAAAAAGACUGCGGGUCACGACGCAAGUUUUAAUUUAUAGUAUCUUUAUUCUUGUUUACGCAUUUGAUGCCUGUGAACAUUUUAAACGUCUAUAUCAGGAUCCCCCGAGCCCGCCGUCUCUGGACUUGUGAACUUACAUGGGUGGAAUGUUCUACCAUAUCGGUUGAGUAACUAUAUUGAACAAGCAAAUAUCUAGUUUACUAAUAAGGCCACUUCUGUUUAAACACCGGCUCCUGUUCCUCAAAUGUGGACGAAUAAAUUUUUACAAAAAAAAUCACACGACCCGGAUGUUUUGCGUUGCCUGCGCGAUGUGGGACUUUCGGUGAGUCUUUACAAGGAUUAAAUGCUUAUAUGAAUCUGGAUGGAACUUUUGAACACAUUAAAUGUUUCCUGGUUACAAUUUAGAUACAGUCGAGGGGAGGAUCUGUCUCACCAGUUGCUCCCAUUU